AUGUUCACCUCAACAAGAAUUGCAACACUCAUGAUCGUUGCUGGCGCUCAGCUCGUCGCCGCCGACAUGUCCCUCUACAUCCCGGGCUUUGACCCGCAGCCCCUGAGCGUGUCCAUCAUUGGCGCCGGCUCAGAUGGCCGUACGACAUACCAAGUAGUCCCCGGUGCACAGACCGGCGCCUGGGCGAGCGAAGACAUCGGAUUUGUCGGGACCGGUAAGCCAAUCGCCCCUCACCAAACUCUACACCCACCACAUAGAUCAAAUCUCGUCCUGAUCUCGUUCGAAUCUCCUCGCACAGGCACGCUCGUCGAAGGCUCCGACUACGCCUCGUUCCGCGCCGACGAGCCCGAGCUCAGCCUCACCCUCGUCGAGGCGUGCCACUUCGCCGGCGGCUCCGCGACGUGCACCGCCGCCAUCCCCGGGCAGACCACCAUCGUCGAGGUCGAGGCCGCGUCGCCGUUUCUCGUCCAGGGCAACGCCGCCGUGGCGACGCCCACAGGCUCCUCGGGGUCCGGUUCUGGGUCUGGGUCUUCGGACAGCAACGGGAGCAACGGCGCGACACCGGGCUCGGGCACUGCGUCUGGCGCGAAGCCCACGAGCACGGCGAACGCGGCCGUCGGGAGCGCCGUCGUCGGCGCUUCGAGCGUCUUGAUCGGUGCCGCGGCCGGACUUUUCGCUAUGGCCAUGCUAUGA